GUUUGAGGCCAUUGGCUUCCUGUGAGCAGCUUUGCUGACUAUUAGCUUUUCAAUGUUUCUUCAUAUCAUUGUAAUAACUUCUAUGCUGAGUCGAACAUUAUUGAACAAUAACGACAUAAACAUUCUGUGAUUAAACCGUCGGACAAGCCCACUUAGCUGGGUAUAUUUCGUUUUUACAGUAAUAAACAACCUAGCUGCACGAGUUCGAAACGCCGCACGAGCUGAAGCGGCACAGGCAGAAGGCUCUGAAGGCAACCCAAGUGUGAUCUGCAUUUUAAAACCUUGUAAUAGGUUCCCCCUGUUCGCCUGCAAGAAGAUGGGCAUCUAAUCAUUGUGUGCUCAUGGCUCGUCUCCUGCUCUGACCCCUUGGUAUAUCCAGGAUUAAAAAUGAGCGUAAGCAGCGAUGAGGUGAACUUCCUCGUGUACAGAUACCUGCAGGAGUCAGGCUUUUCCCACUCUGCCUUCACGUUUGGCAUAGAGAGCCACAUCAGCCAGUCCAAUAUCAACGGGGCGCUAGUGCCCCCGGCCGCCCUCAUCUCCAUCAUCCAGAAGGGCCUGCAGUACGUGGAGGCGGAGGUCAGCAUCAAUGAGGAUGGCACGUUGUUCGACGGGCGGCCGAUCGAAUCCCUGUCGCUGAUUGAUGCGGUGAUGCCAGACGUUGUCCAGACGCGGCAGCAGGUGUACCGGGACAAGCUCGCCCAGCAGCAGGCUGCCGCCGCCUCCUCAGCUGCAGCCUCUGGCAAUACUGCUGCAUCAGGAGGCGCCAAGAACGGCGACAACACCGCCAACGGAGAGGAGAAUGGACCACACACCUUAGCCAACCACCAUGCGGAGAUGAUGGAGGUGGACAGGGCGGUGGAGAUCCCUGCCAGUAAAGCCAUGGUGCUGCGUGGUCACGAGUCCGAGGUGUUCAUCUGUGCCUGGAACCCCGUCAGCGACCUGCUCGCCUCUGGGUCCGGGGACUCGACGGCUCGGAUCUGGAACCUGAGUGAGAACAGCUCGGGCGGCUCCACACAGCUGGUCCUGAGACACUGCAUCCGAGAGGGAGGCCAGGACGUGCCUAGCAACAAAGACGUCACCUCACUCGACUGGAAUAGUGAGGGUACGCUGCUGGCAACAGGCUCCUACGACGGCUUUGCCAGAAUAUGGACUAAAGAUGGUAACCUUGCCAGUACAUUGGGCCAACACAAAGGGCCUAUAUUUGCCCUGAAAUGGAAUAAGAAAGGCAACUUCAUACUGAGCGCUGGGGUUGAUAAGACUACAAUCAUUUGGGAUGCACACACAGGAGAAGCCAAACAGCAGUUCCCAUUCCAUUCCGCGCCUGCCCUAGACGUAGAUUGGCAGAGCAACAACACGUUUGCCUCCUGCAGCACAGACAUGUGCAUCCACGUGUGCAAGUUGGGCCAGGACCGACCAGUCAAGACAUUCCAGGGGCACACGAAUGAGGUGAAUGCCAUCAAGUGGGAUCCCCAAGGCAACCUGCUGGCCUCCUGCUCCGAUGACAUGACUCUGAAGAUCUGGAGCAUGAAGCAGGAAGGUUGUCUGCACGACCUGCAGGCCCACAGUAAGGAGAUCUAUACCAUUAAAUGGAGCCCCACGGGGCCAGGAACCAACAACCCCAACGCCAACCUGAUGCUAGCCAGCGCGUCCUUUGACUCGACGGUACGGCUGUGGGACGCAGAGCGCGGCUCCUGCAUCCACACACUCACGCGCCACCAGGAGCCUGUCUACAGCGUGGCCUUCAGCCCUGACGGACGGCACCUGGCCAGCGGCUCCUUCGACAAGUGUGUGCACAUCUGGAACACGCAGAGUGGAGCGUUGGUGAACAGCUACAGGGGAACAGGGGGCAUAUUUGAGGUCUGCUGGAACGCAACAGGGGACAAAGUGGGAGCUAGUGCAUCGGACGGAUCAGUCUGCGUGUUAGAUCUGCGGAAAUGACGCUGCCAAUAGGAAGCCAUGGACCGACUCUGAAUGUGUACAUAGCCAAAUUGACUGUCUGUCUGUCCCUGGCCCCAUCCACUGCUGUAAGCCCUGUGCUGAAGCCUCCCACUGCUGAGUCCAUGCAUACAAAGGCAUGUCUUGGGUGCCAGGAAAAUGUGGAUCGUACUCUCUUUGAUGUUAUCCACAGGACUGUUGGAACGAACACACACACACACACACACACACACACACACACACAAGCCUAGGCCACAUAUCACUGUUUGUGUCGGUUCUUUCUCUCUUAUACGUUGAGUCAGUAGAUUAUACAUUCAGACCUAUAUAUCACUGCUGGUGUGUGCAUAUUGUACAUAUCAGUAUUUCAGUUUGCCAUCGUGGGGUGUGUUUGUCAAGUUGGUUUUCAGGAGUUUACCCCGCACCCCCACCCCACCCCCACAGACACUGAUAGUGAGAUUUCUAACCCCUGGACUAUGAUUUCUUUUUAACGCAGAUAUGUGUAAAAUUGAUAAAGGAAUUGGGGAAAGUUUGCAAAUUUGCAAAGAAUAUUUGACCGGUGUGGCACAAACCCUUAUUUCAAAAUGUUUUUUUUUUUUUUGCAUCUAUGAUUUACUUGCCAACAUUUUAGAACGGUAUACAA